GGGUGUUCUUAUAUUAGGCAUUUUUCGUCCAUUUUUACGUUUUGCUUGCAUUUCGAAUUUUACCCAUCGAAUGAGUAUUCUGUGAGCUUACAUUCUGUUGUUAUAUACUAUCCGUUCAUAGUGCAUUUCACGGUACACCCUUAUCUUAGUAGUCUGUGCUAUCUAUCCAAGGAAACACUACCUUUCGUAAUCAAUCGAACUGGUUCUAGACAACGAAAGAUUUUCUCCGGUGCUUUGUAAUUGCGACCAAUUCAGUGCCAGACAAUACGCACCAAAAUCGUAUAAAUUAACAGUAAAAGUGGAUUGAAAAACAACUAAAAAUAGAGAGCAGCCCUCACAGCGCUGUACCGAACCGGCAGCUACAAGGCAUCUUCUUUUUGAUAAGCUUUUUGAAAAGAACUUGAACCACCGUUUGUGACUUAACAACAACACCUGUUCUGAAAUAUGGAUCUCUUAAAAUGUGCUUGUGGGUGCGAUAAACUCAGCAAAGAUGAGCUGGAAAAAAUCAUAAACUCGACACACAGAGUAAAAGACUUCCUAAAUAAUAAGGAAGCCGUCGAUAUGUUUAAAACGAUGUUCGCAACAACACCCACACCAAAGGCUGUUUUUUAUUUGGAAUAUAUAAAUAUGGCAAAAGGUUUCAUGGAAAACCCAUCCAGGCUAAACGUUGAGGACGAUUCACACGGAACAUUAAUGGGAUCGAUCGACGAACAGUUUGCAGAUGAUCUUUAUAACUGCACUAAUGAUGCAAGCAAAACAGCGGUUCUCGAAAAAAUAAUCAACGAAUAUAGUUUAAGAUUGAGUAUGUCUGAGGAAUAUAAGAAAUUUCAGGAAAAGUUGAAAAAAGCUUAUCAGGGAAAAGAGACUAUAAGGAAGUCCGAUUGAGUGGAAAAAUGUAAAUCUUAUCACUUAUAUGAAAAACUUUUUAACCUAAGAUGAUUUGUUUACCUGGGCCAGAAGAUGCCCCCUGACUUAACUUAGAACCGCUAGACGGUUAUGGGGUGAUUCCAUAAGAAGAUCAAUCUCGUUCACGGUCGCACCCUUAAUUUUCCAAUUCGGUAUCUCAUCUUUACUUCUUAAUAUGCAUAUUUUUUAUUAGGACUAGGCUGAUUUAACUAGAGAAAGGUACUUUUCACUCUUAACAUCACAUUAGACAUUGCAGAUACGUUUAUGUUUAAUUUAAAUAAUUUCUGAACCAAAGAACACGAAAGCUUUGAACUAUUGUCAAAAAUCGAAUUUACAUUUUGUUUAGUUAUACAUAUACUUUUAAAAGGAUUUUCCAUUGAAAAAUGAUAACGCUCUCGAAUGGCCGACUCUUCUUCAAAUACCUCAUUGCACCCUAACAUAUGGCACAUGAAGCAGUUAUGGUAUGGUCAAGUAAUUUUAAUAAAAUAUGUGAGUAACGAAGCUGGUUUCUAGUUCAGUUCAGAAUUCGCUGUCAAAGCAUUUUUAUGUCUUUUGCUAUAGGGCUGAAUAUAAACAAUUCUAUUAUUCAUCAAAAACAAUUUUAUUAUUUAAAAUUUAUUUAUAAUUAUAAAAAAUAUUAGUUAGAUGCUUGGUGUAGAUGUGGAAAAAAGAAGCAUAGAUGUGACACUUUUAAAUGGGAAUGAAAAUUUGUAUGUUAAAGCUGUCUGCCUUUUUUAAAAAGCUUAAUAAACACCACCAUGCAACAUUAAGCAUUGUAUAACAACAUAAAAAAAAUGUUUUAAAAUACACAACGCUGUGGCGGGAGGAAACAUAGCGUUUUUUCAUUUGUUGCAUUUGAUACUGUGUACAUUUUUCUUUCAAUUUUCUCUUUUCGUCCAAUUUUCUCAAAACUAAAGUGUAUGAAAUUAUACAAUUUCUUUUAUUCCUUUUCUAGUUGAUCUCGGAACCUGAAAAAUAAGAACUGAAACUGGCUGAAACUGAAAACAUGACUGAAACAAACAGUGACUGGAUUGGGAUAGCACAGGAAUUGAUAGACAAUGAGAAACUUAACGAAAGGUUCCGCGCCCAAUAUGGAAACGUAUCAGACGAGAAAAAAAACGAAGCAAAAAACGCUAAUUCUUCGGAAAACCAGAUAAUAAGACUACUCUCUAGUUCAGUACCAAAAG